AUGCCGAUUGUUUUGGUCCGUCCGACCAAUCGGACGCGGUGUCUGGAUUCUACGGGAGCCGGGAUGGGCCCCUCCGCCCCGCGCCGGGCUUCCCCCAGCCCCGCCGUAACGCAUUGCGCAGGGUGCACAGCCCGCUCCUGCGGCUUUAACAGCGCUGACAUGGAAACCCCAUUGCAGUUCCACGGGUUCUUCCAGGAGCAGCACAGCAGCAGUCACAGCCACCAACAGCAGCACCACAGCAGUCACAGCCAACAACAGCAGCAGCAGCACCACAGCAGCAGCAGCAGUCACAGUCACCAACAGCAGCAGCACCACAGCAGCAGCAGUCACAGUCACCAACAGCAGCAGCAGCAGCAGCAGCGGGGGGAAUGGAUCAGGUGCACCUGUCCUGCCGGGGACAACCCACUCCUUCUGCGCACCUCUUCUCCCGUGGCUUUCAGGACUAAUUCGCCCCUCUCGUCGUCGUCCUCCCAGCAAGGCAGUCAGCUGAACGUGAGCGAGUUCUCGCCCUCCUCGGCCAGCCAUGCCGGCUCCCCCCGGCAGCCCCAGCCCCGGCAGCCCAGCCCCGCCAGCCCCAGCCCCAGCCCCGGCAGCCACCGCAGGGAGAGCAACCCCUUCACCGAAAUAGCCAUGAGCAGCUGCAGGUACAACGGCGGCGUCAUGCGGCCGCUCAGCAACCUCGGCGCGUCCAGGAGGAACCUGCACGAACUGGACUCGGAAUCGCAGCCCCUGCAGCCCAUCUUCACCACCGUCGCCCCGGAGAUCGUGGUGUCGAAGCCCGAGCAGAACAACUCCACCACGGUGGUGUCGUACGGGGGGAGCGCGGGCGGCGGCGGCGGCGGGGGAGGGGGAGGAGGAGGCGGCGGCAGCGGCGGCGGCGGCAGCAGCGGCGGGAACAGCAACAACAAGUCGAGCAAAAAGAAAAACCAGAACAUCGGCUACAAACUGGGACACCGGAGAGCGCUGUUUGAGAAAAGGAAGCGGCUCAGUGACUAUGCCCUGAUCUUCGGGAUGUUUGGGAUCGUGGUGAUGGUCAUCGAGACCGAACUCGCGUGGGGAGCGUAUCAGAAGGAGUCGCUGUAUUCGUUAGCUCUAAAAUGCCUUAUUAGCCUUUCCACGAUUAUUCUGCUCGGGCUGAUUAUUGUGUACCACGCGCGGGAAAUCCAGUUGUUCAUGGUAGACAAUGGAGCAGAUGACUGGAGAAUAGCCAUGACUUAUGAGCGGAUUUUUUUCAUCUGCUUGGAGAUACUGGUAUGUGCUAUUCAUCCAAUACCUGGAAAAUAUACUUUCACUUGGACAGCACGCCUUGCCUUUUCCUAUACUCCAUCUACAGCAAUAGCAGAUGUGGAUAUAAUCUUAUCAAUACCAAUGUUCCUUAGACUCUAUCUUAUUGCCAGAGUAAUGUUGUUGCAUAGCAAACUUUUUACGGAUGCUUCAUCAAGAAGUAUUGGAGCACUAAAUAAAAUAAACUUCAAUACCCGUUUCGUAAUGAAGACUUUAAUGACAAUAUGCCCAGGAACAGUACUGCUGGUUUUCAGCAUCUCAUUGUGGAUAAUUGCAGCAUGGACUGUCCGAGCCUGUGAAAGAUAUCACGAUAGCCAAGAUGUCACAAGCAACUUUCUUGGAGCAAUGUGGCUUAUUUCUAUCACAUUUCUCUCCAUUGGAUAUGGUGACAUGGUACCGAAUACUUACUGUGGGAAAGGAGUCUGUCUGCUCACUGGGAUUAUGGGUGCUGGCUGCACUGCUCUAGUGGUAGCUGUGGUUGCAAGGAAGCUGGAACUUACCAAAGCAGAAAAACAUGUGCAUAAUUUUAUGAUGGAUACACAACUGACUAAACGAGUGAAAAAUGCAGCUGCCAAUGUACUCAGGGAAACAUGGUUAAUAUAUAAAAACACAAAAUUAGUUAAAAAGAUAGACCAUGCAAAAGUGAGGAAACAUCAACGGAAAUUUUUGCAAGCCAUUCAUCAGUUACGAAGUGUAAAAAUGGAACAAAGAAAAUUAAAUGAUCAGGCAAACACUUUGGUGGAUCUCGCUAAGACACAGAACAUUAUGUACGACAUGAUCUCAGACCUGAAUGAAAGGAGCGAAGACCUUGAGAAAAGGAUUGUAACAUUGGAAACCAAACUAGAGACAUUAAUCGGGAGUAUUCAAGCUCUACCUGGAUUGAUUAGCCAGACAAUCAGUCAUCAGCAGAGGGAGUUUCUCGAAGCUCAAAUGCAACAAUAUGACAAACAGAUUACCUACAGUGCUGAGCGGUCACGGUCAUCAACCAGGAGAAGAAGAUCCUCCUCUACAGCGGCACCGACUUCAUCGGAAAGUAGCUAGAAAUUAAUAUUUUAACUUUUUUUUGCCAUCAUAUGGUUGAUAUUUUAGCUUUUAUUGUAAAGCCCUAACAGUACUAAACAGUGUUAUCCAGAUUCUGAUGUCAGAAUCCAGGGAACCUGACAAAAAUAUUUUAGGCCAAAAGGAGUGCAGACUCUCCUUCAGAUGCACAGUGAAUGCACCUAACAUUGCUAUGUAGAUUGUUUCUUCUGUAAAAUUCACUUGACUUUUUACUCACGCACUUCAACUGACUUUACUAAUAUAUAAUAAAAAGAACAUUUCUGCA